UUCUCUCAUUGAGUAAGAGCCCCUGAUCUGAGCCCCAUCUCUCCGCUCCAUUUGCAUUCACUGGCUAAAACUGGCUGGCAGGGCAACGCGCUCAACUUUCUGUUCCAGGCUUUCGAAACGAUCCAAAAAGUUUUUUAUUGAAUUGGAGUGAAGGGGACAGAGAGAAAAGAGGAGAACAAGAGGAAGAAGACAAAGAUAAAGUACAACUAAAACCUUAGACUUCCUCGGGAGCAGGGGAACAGGUGGGCUAAACUGAAAUAAACGGUGUGUUGAAGCUGGAGGCAGGGUGCCUCAUGGAUUUGAGGAUGCAGCGAGAGGAGGCAUCGGCUCAGGAAGUGUUCAGCUAUGCCCAGAUGUCCACCCUGGAGAGAAACAGCGGUGUAGGAACGCUGAGUCGGCAUCUAGAGCGCGAGCGAUUGGAGAGAGACGGCUACACGGUGGAUGUCAGAGCCAGUGACCUGCAGCUGGAUCAGCCUGGCCCGCUACAUCCCUGCUUCAGCUACAGAGUCUGGCUUUACAGUGUGGUUGUAGGGAGCAGCUUGCUGAUAGCGUCGGCUUUCUCGCUCUACAUGGGUAAUGUGUUUCCUGCUGCAAUGGAUUACCUGCGCUGUACUGCUGGAUCUAGUAUACCAGCAGCAGUGGUGAGCUUCGCCAUUGCCAAGAACAGACAAGUCGCAGUCUCAGACUUUCAACUGGUCUAUGUGUCUUCCUUUGCUGUGACAACCACGUGUCUGGUGUGGUUUGGCUGUAAACUGGCCAUCAGUCCUUCAGCCAUCAAUAUUAACUUUAACCUGCUCCUGCUUAUUGUGCUGGAAGUGCUCACCGCCAGUACUGUUAUUCUGUCAGCACGUUCAGUGGACAACUGCUGCAGUCACAGCAAGCCGGUGUCUGAAGGCCCAAUGAUUGUGACCCAAACAUCGUUCCCCACUCGUCUUUUCAAGGCCUUCGCCGUAAUUGAGCUCAUAGUGGGCAUCGCUGCAGUUUUUGGAGGAAUUAUUGCCCUCAAUUUGGGCGCUCUUCUCCCAGAGCCUUACCUUUCUGUUACCUUCUUCUGGAUUCUGGCAGCGUGUUUCCCCAGUGCCAUCGCCAGCCAUGUGGUGGCAGAAAAUCCCAGCAAAAGUCUGGUGGAAAUGCUGAUUGCUAUAAAUAGUGUGACUUCACCACUGCUCUUCUCGGCCUCUGCAUUCUUAUCCAGCAGUGUGAUUAGUUUUAUUGAGAUCUUUCUGCACGAAGUAGCAUUAGCCAAGCAGUCGUAUGACAUCCUGCUGUUGGUCCUGAUGCUGCUGCUGCUGGUGCCAGCGGUGCUGACUUUAGCCACUAUUAUACAGUGUGCUUCCUACAAGAGCCAGGUCCGCAUGGGUGCUAACGAAUGGGACACACUGCGCAAAAAACACUGUGAGCAGCUGGCAUCAAAUGGCACAUUAAGGGAUUUCGACAAAGAAAAGGCCUGGAAGGCAGUGGUCGUCCAGAUGGCCCAGUGACCAAAGUUGCUUGAAGAAAAAGCAGAGAGAAAGAAAGUGAAUGUACAAAUAUAGGAGAUGAGAAUGUCUGUUGGAAAAGAAGCAUCUUCUUUUUUUUUUUUUAGUAUGAAACAAAACAUUCUGUGUUAGCUGUCAGCUCUCGUGUUUAUGAGCUAUUCAUCGCCGUUCAAACGUUUGAGGUCAAAAUGUUUUAGAUUAUUACUUCAUUUUAUAAACAAAAUAAAGUUUACACUUUUAUUUGACAAAGAUGCAUUAAAUAAAUCAAAGAGCAAGGACUUGUUUACAUUGUUAAGAAAAAUUACUAUUCUGAAAAUAUCCUGUCCUUCUGUUUGGAUUUUUGGGGUUUCUGCGCUACAAGAGAAGAAUGUCUUCAACAAUAAUAGUAAUUAGAAAUAAUAGUAAUAAGACAUUUUUCUUGGAGUAAUGAUGCUGAAACUUCAUCACAGAAAUAAAUUACGUUUCACAUAUAUUACAAUAAAAAAGAUGAAUUAAAAUCAUACUGAUAUUUCACAUUAUCACAGUGUGCUUGUUUGUUUGUAUUGUAAUUUUAAUCAAAUAAAUGCAACUUUGGUCAGACUUCAUACAAAACUAUAAAAAUCCCAGACUCCAGACUUCUGAACGGUGUUGAAUGUCUAUCACAUUUAUUUCUGAAUGACAAUUUAGCAAAAAAGAGAGCAAACAAGUGGAUUUUAAAACAUCUUUUGUACUCUUUUUUUUUAAACCUGUGUCUCACAAUCAUGAAUUUAGUCUGAAGUGAUAGAAUGAAUGGCUGAGCAAGUUAAUAUGCAAAUCAAUAGUGAUCACGCCAUGCAUGUACAAUCCGCAGCACUUUUAAUGCAUUUUCAAGAGGUUGGAACAGUAGGGGACCUAAUAUAAUAUAUGAUGAAUUUAAUAAUUCUAACCCACUUUUAAUGGACCAUAUUGCUGUUCACUUCCUUGCUGUAUGCAACUGUUUUUACUUUCUUAGAUUUUUAUUUUUGUAUAAAUAUAUAUGCGUCUUGUGAUGUUUUUGUAGAUCAAUAAAGUUUUGAGGGGUGUUUAUGUGAAAA